CCAGAAUUUGCAGACGUGACUAAGACAACUUGGUUGAAGGGUACAGACCUGAGGAGUAGCUCGAAAUCCUUUGCCCUUGAUGUGAGCCAGUGGAAUAAUGAGACAUUCGCAAAUAUUAUGAGGAUGAAGGACAAGUUGAUGAAGACGACUAAGACCUUGGAAGCAAGAUGGGGAGGGGGCUCAAACCACCACAACUUGACAUCUCUACACGCGAACUAGAGAAAGUAUUGCUUCGGGAGAAGAUCAUGUGGUAUCAGAAGUCGAGACUUGAGUGGAUAGCUUCGGGUCACAAGAAUACGAAAUAUUUUCAUGUCCGAACUCUUCGUGGAAGGAAACAAAAUCCAAUCAUGGUGCUAAAAAACCAGCAGGGGGAGUGGGUUGAAGAUCAGACGGAACUCAUGCAAUGGCGUGCACUUAUUAUGGAGUGUUGUUCACCGAUGAGGGCUCGGAACUUUUACAGCUUCCGCAUAGCUUCCCGAGGCUCCCUAUGCAGGAGGUGGAUGCGUUGGGUAUCAUUUUUACCCAAGAAGAGAUGAGGUUGGCAGUGUGCACUAUGGGACCAAUGAAAGCGCCGGGUACAGACGGGCUAAACCCAUUGUUCUAUCAAAAAUUCUGGGACCUAGUGGCUCCGUCGGUUCUUGAGUUUGCGCAUAGGUGUUAGUCGGAUCCAGGAAGCAUAAAUGAGCUAAAUGAGACAAUUAUUUUCAUCAUAUCGAAGAUUGCUCGACCAGUACAGAUUUAGCAGUUCCAUCCGAUUAGUUUACGCAACGUGGGUUAUAAGAUAAUUAUGAAGUGCCUGGCGGAGCGCCUCAAGCCCCUGAUGCCUAAACUGGUGCAUGAGACUCAGACGAGUUUUGUGUCGGGAAGGCAUAUUACUGACAACAUUUGCGUUUUGCAGGAAGUAGUCCAUUCAAUGCGAGCAAAAUCAGGACGCAAGGGAUGGAUGACAAUCAAGGUGGACCUGGCCAAAGCCUACAAUCGCAUUCGAUGGAGCUUUGUCCGGGAUACUCUCCAGGUCGUUGCACUACCAGAGCAGUUCACAGAGCUCACCAUGCAAUGCAUUUUGACGGCCAAGAUGUGUAUUCAGUGGAAUGGGGGAUUAACGAACGAGUUCUCACCAUCCAGAGGUAUGCGACAAGAUUUGUGAACAGGUUGAGAACUUUUCAUUUGUCCAUCCUUAAUGCAAUUGAAUGUCAUUUGUGUUGGAUUUCGGUAUUGUUCGAGGCGGUUCAUGUGUUGAUGCCCAAUAGUCAUUGAUAUUCACCGCUUCGUGCCUUUUUAUUUGCCCCUAAGUUAUCUUGUUAGGUUGAGAUAUUACCUAGGUUGAAAAUAGUUUGUUUUUGAGACAAGCAACCGCCUAAGUGAGGAAGAGUGAUUCGGACUCAAUUAUACACUUUUUACCAUGAACUGAGCCCGAUCUGGGUAUUUAAAGGAGGUUGAGCUGAAGGAGAAAAGGAGAAGACCUAGUAUGAGAAACUUCUUCUUCUUCUUCUUCUUAUUUCUAGAGUGAGAAAGUGACAAUUAGUCAUUUGCCCAUCCUUAAUGCAAUUGAAUUUCAUUUGUGUUGGAUUUCGGUAUUAUUUGAGGCGGUUCAUGUUUUGAAUGCCCAAUAGUCAUUGAGAUUCACUGCUUUGUGCCUUUUUAUUUGUCCCCAAGUUAUCUUGUUAGGUUGAGAUAUCACCUACGUUGAAAAUAUUUUGUUUUGGGGACAAGAAAACGCCUAAGUGUGG